AUGAGCGAAGGGAGGCCUUGGUUGGUGCAAAAGUAUGGUGGGACAAGUGUGGGCAAGUUUUUGCCCUCGAUUGUUGAAGCAAUCACGCCGUCCUACCUCCUGACGAAUCGGCUUGCGAUCGUGUGCUCGGCGCGGUCCGGAAAAACCAAGGCGCUGGGUACGACGAAUUUGUUGCUCCAGGCGGCCGCUGAAGCGGUGACUGUGUCGCCGGGUGUGAGCGCGUCUGGGACACCCAUGUCGGGGUCGUUUAGUGGUUCGUCGUUUGGUGCGUCGAUAUCUUCGCAGCUUGCGCGCUCGGAAGUACACGCGUGUCUUUUCCAGUCCACCGUCGACGCCAUUCAAAGCGACCAUCUCGCGGCGGCACAAGCGGCGGUGCCAGAGAACAAGCCAUUACGUGAGCAACUCGAGCGCGAUAUUAUGGAGGAGUGCGACCGACUCCGCGAUCUGCUGCAGGCUGCGUGCAUCCUGCACGAGGUGUCACCUCGUUCGCGCGAUAUGAUUAUGGGGAUUGGCGAGCGACUCUCUUGCCGUAUUGUUACUGCGUCUUUGCAGAACAAAGGCAUAGAGGCAGAUCUUAUUACGCUAGAUACUGUCGUGGACGAGAUUGGCGAGGAUAUUGCUGCACUCAGCGCAUCACAGGUGGACGACGCCGGCUACUUGGACCAGGCCUUUUACGACAAACUCUCGCACACGCUGGGCGAGCAGAUCCGCGCGUGCAAAGGCGUUGCCGUGGUGACGGGCUACUUUGGCAAUGUUCCUGGCUCGCUUCUGAGCCAGGUGGGCCGUGGGUACACUGAUUUGUGUGCCGCGCUGUGCGCCGUGGGUGUUCGUGCUGCGGAGCUGCAAAUCUGGAAAGAGGUGGACGGCGUAUUUACCGCAGACCCUCGUAAAGUCCCUACUGCGCGGCUCGUGCCGAAAAUUACCCCUGAAGAAGCUGCGGAGCUGACUUACUACGGCAGCGAGGUGAUUCACCCCUUCACCAUGGAGCAAGCGAUCAAAAAAUUGGUCCCCAUUCGGAUCAAAAACGUGGAGAAUCCUGCAGGGUGCGGCACAGUGAUUUUUCCCGAGACAAAAAACAGCGUGCUCGAGGAUCCGUUUGUGGACGGGCAUGUCGAGCAGCCCGAGCCGCCGUAUUCGGGCGCGAAUACGCCGAAUGGCAUGCCCGCGAGCCUGACACCGUUUGCAGAACCGCCGUGCUUGCCCAAGCUGCCCACGGCAGUGACAAUCAAAGACAAUGUAAUCGUGCUCAACGUGCAUAGCAACCGCAAGACGAUCUCGCACGGUUUCUUUGCGCGUAUUUUCGGCACGCUGGACCGCUACGGCGUGGUCGUCGAUCUCAUCUCGACGUCAGAAGUGCACGUAUCCUUGGCCAUGACCGCGGAAAUUCGACCGCGCACGCUGCAGCGUCUCACGGCGGAGCUCGAACAUGUCGGCGCGGUGAGUGUGCUGCGCAGCAUGGCUAUCCUGAGUUUGGUCGGAAAGGAAAUGCGGCACAUGGUCGGCGUUGCAGGACGCAUGUUUAGCACGCUGGGUGAAGGCAACGUGAACAUUGAAAUGAUCAGCCAGGGCGCAAACGAGAUCAACAUAUCCUGUGUGAUCCACGAGCGCGCGGCGCUCAAGGCGCUCAACCUGAUCCACUAUUCCAUUCUCGAGCUCUCCCCCAAGCCAACCAACAUGGAGGGCGGCUCUUUCGGACGCUCAUUUUUCUAG